UGUAGGCAUGUAGCAAGCAGCACCCUCUUUGUAAACUCAAAGCAUAGGUUAAAACCCGAAAACUCAGCAAGGAGUUUGUGCUCAGUAAUGGGGAGGUCAUGUAUUCCAAAAUACAAAAUUUCCAGAAUAAUGGGGUGGCUGCAAAUUAUUCUUGGAGGGUUGGUAAUCUUAGUUAGCAUUUUGAGUCUAGCAAGAUUCUACUAUGCUGGUUUUUUCCUACACAAUGAAGAUAUAUGCCACCAUUUCUACACGGCAAAGGAAGUUUACGAAGAUUUCGACGCCAAAUCACUCUCCGAAAGAGUACAAGAAGUGUUGGAUAGGUUGGAAAGUUUGCAGUACAAGCUCGAGUCAAAGCUACAAGAAUUGGAGAAAAACAAGGGGACCUUAGAAAAAGUGUUCUUAGAAUACGAAAUAGUUAGGCCUCUUCAUAGUGCCAAUGUCGCCCUAAGACAAAUUAGGCUUCCAAAGAUUGAAGAAGAAGAAGGAAAGAACUCCAUAGUGAAAGAGGAUCCUUUAAUCAAUUUCUUUCUAACAGAGGAAAUCAGAAAGUACAUAACCCCAAAAGAGAACAGAGUUGGUAAGAUCAAUCUCUAUGGAACAGAAAAAGUUUACAACACAAUUGGGCAUGCUUGUGUUUUGUACAAGAAUGAGCUUCAACAGUACAUGGACUAUGACAUUGGAUCCUACUGCGACGAUGACUGGAAUCUCGCACAGAAGCUUAUGAUCAACGGCUGCGAUCCUUUGCCUAGACGAAGGUGUUUGACAAGAGCUUCAAAAGAGUACCAGAAGCCUUACCCCAUCAACGAGUCACUCUGGAAGCUUCCGGACAACAAGAAUGUCCGGUGGAGUAAUUACCGUUGUAGAAAUUUUGAUUGCUUGCAAAGCAAGAAUCCGAAAAGGGGAUACACAAAAUGCACCGGCUGCUUCGAAAUGGAAAAGGAAAAGCUGAAAUGGGUAACAAACUCUUCACUCAGUGCAGAUUUUAUGAUCAGUGAUGUUUUGAAAAUCAAGCCAGGGGAAAUAAGAAUCGGAUUGGAUUAUGGAAUUGGAACCGGAACAUUUGCUGCAAGAAUGAGGGAACAGAACGUGACAAUUGUUUCGACAGCACUGAACCUUGGUGCUCCAUUCAAUGAGAUGAUAGCACUAAGGGGACUGAUUCCUUUGUAUGUAACAUUAAAUCAGAGGCUUCCAUUCUUUGAUAACACCAUGGAUUUGAUUCAUAGCACUGGUUUCAUGGAUGGAUGGAUAGAUCUUUUGCUGCUUGAUUUUAUAUUGUAUGAUUGGGACAGGAUUUUGAGGCCUGGAGGGUUGUUGUGGAUUGAUAGAUUCUUCUGUAGUAAGAAGGAUUUGGAUGAUUAUAUGUACAUGUUUCUUCAGCUGAGGUACAAGAAGCAUAAAUGGGCUAUUAGUCCAAAGUCAAAGGAUGAGGUGUAUCUCUCUGCAUUGCUGGAAAAACCUCCUAGAGCUAUAUGAAUGAAAAUACCAAUUUCUUGCUUCUUUUCAUAUUAUGAAUUUAUUAUUUGGAGGAGUGAUAUGAUCAUUCGUAUUCAUUUAAACUUGUACUCUAACUUAUGCGUAAAAUAA